UGGGAACACUGCUACUACUGAAAGCAGCAGCACAUGCUCAGCACAAAUCCUCCACUGUCUUCUUCGAACUGCUCUCUCUCUCUCUCCCUCUCUCUCUCUCUCUCUCUCUCUCUCUCUCUCUCUCUCUACAGUGGAGAUGCAAGAAGAACACCGGCGAGAAAUGCCUGAUAAAAACGUUUCUGGCACGGCCGGUGGCAACCCCAUCCUCCGCCCUCCUGAAGAGGUGCUGCGCUGCCCACGGUGCGACUCCGCCAACACCAAAUUCUGUUACUACAAUAAUUACAGCCUGGCCCAGCCCCGCCACUUCUGUAAAUCCUGCCGGAGGUACUGGACAAAGGGCGGUGCCCUUCGCAACGUCCCAAUUGGUGGUGGUUGUCGUAAAAACAAGCGCUCAUCGUCGAAAUCCCCAGCCCCUCCACAGCAGCCAGUACAGAAGAACCUAACACUAGAUCAACAAUCAUCGACCCCAAUUGCACCUGAAACCCUAAAAUUUCUCCAUGGUCUUUCUCCCUCUACAAUGGAUCUCUACCAAAUUGGCCUUCCUCUUUCUCUCUCUCACCCAUUUAUGCCAUUUGCUGAACAACCGAGCUCUCUCUCCCCUACUCCUCCCUCUUCUUUGGAUUUGGGUGCAAUUCCUCUUAAUAUUAUGAAUUCCAGCAGUGGUUCUCAGGUGCAAGAGCAGGGGUUUUUUCAUGGUGGACUGGCCUCCUCUAUUGAGUCUUUGAGUUGUUUGAAUGCUGAUUUGCAUUGGAGGCUUCAACAACAAAGAUGGGGUCACUUCUUAGGGGGAGAAAGUGAAAGUAAUCAGAGAGAUGGAGGUGGUGCUGGUUCUGGUGGUGCAAUGGUGAUGAGCAGUCACGGGGCACCGGGUCAAGGGGUUGACAGUGUGAAGAGUGAUAUGUGUGGUUUUAGUGUGAGAAAGAGUGGCGACAUGAACACCGAGUGGUUGUUUGAGAAUGCUUACACGGCGAAUGCGAGCUCGAAUGGGUUGCAGACAUGGCAAGACUUGCAGCUGCAGCAAUACAGUGCAUUGCCAUGAAAGAUGACAAAGGUGAAAGAAACUAUGGACAGACAGGCAAGAUCAAAGAUACCCAAGAUGAAAAUUCUUUCUUUUUUUGUUUCCUGAUAAUUUUUCCCUUUUACAUCCUUAAUUUUCAUUUUUUUUAGCUUUAGUUGUUUUGCUUUCUCUCUCCCCCCCUUCUCUCUCUUUAAACAUAUGAAGACAUAUGGGAAAGUGUUUGUGAAAAUUUUUCUCUCAUACUCUCUCUCUCGAAACAUAUGGUGGUGAAGAUAUAUGAGAGUCAAAAAAUUGGGUCUCUCUCUCUCCCCCUCUCUUUCUCUCUCUAAAACAGACAUUAUGUUGUCAAACUUGGGUUUCUCUUUAUCUCUCUAGAAUUGAAAGUUGGGCCUGGGUUUGGUGUAUUUCCUCUUCUGUGUUAGGUUUCACAAGAAGAGAAGGGUGCAGUGGGUGAAUGUAUAUAGAGAGAUAGUAGUAAUAAGGAGGAGGUUAGGGUUGGAGGUGGGCGGUAGGGUGCCUUGUAGAAGUAGUAAAGGCAUAUACUAUGGGGUUUCUCAGAGUCAUUUAUGUGAUUUUACAUGUGAUGGUUUUGAAGAAUCGAUCAGUUAUGGAUCAGAAGUGUUAAUGAAGAAGUGAGAGAUUUAAUGGCAUAUCUUUGAUUUGUUUCAUGUUCAGUCAGUCUCAGACUUCAGUCUCUCUCCUAGUUCUCAGGCUCUGCCAUUUCUGAAUAUAAAACAAAA